UUAAAUUCGGCGCAGCAGCUGGAGCUGCCUUUAGUCUCGAAAUGAAUCGCUGCUACAACACAAUUAAGCUGUCCGGGCUGCUCGCCAAUCUGCUGUAUAUGCUCCUUGGCAUCGGCGUCAUGUGCGGCGCUGGCUUGGGCCUGCAGGCAGCGGAGCCCAACACGCCGGAGCACACGUAUUUCGUCAAGAGUCUGGUGCUGGGUGGCACCAUCUGCAUGAUUGUCAUGUUCGGCUGCUAUGGUUUGAUCUGCAAUUUGCUGUGUGUCAAUCUGAUUUUCACGCUCUUUAUACUCAUCUGUUUGGGCGCGGAAUACCUGCAGCUGCAUCACUACCACAGUACCUCGCACAAGACCCAAGGCAGCGCCUGGCAGCAGCUGGAGCUGGCUUGGCAUGGCCUGGACAGCCAACCGGAGCUAAUGCAUCAGUACGAGGCCACACAGCAUUGCUGUGGCCACGACAAUUCGACGGACUACAGGCAGCUGCAUUUGCUGUUGCCCGCGAGCUGUUAUCAGGCCAACGACACCUACCAGCAACAGGUCUUUCCGCGCGGCUGCCUGGAGACUUUGAGCCACAGUCAGCGGUACAUUGAGCAUCGCGAUAAGCUCUUCAUGUGGUCCAUUGUUGGCCUUGAGAUCAUUAUACUGCUGCAGACAGCCGCGUUCAGUGUGUUGCUCUACAGACUGCGCCAGCAACGGCGUCUCGCGCGUCGCCAAGUGCCGCCAGGUGUCAGGCGGGAGCCGCGCUCCAACCAUGUGAGGGCUGGCUCGCGGGCACAACUGCUGCAUGCUGGCGAUGUCUAAGCUUCGAUUUGUGUCAAAUAUUUCGUUUAUUAUUUAUGAAAAUGCAGAAAAAUGA